UGGCUGUCGAGCCACUGCACUGUGAUUGGUGGAGGCGGAGGCUUCCGGAACUAGGAGAACUGUAAUACAAUGGCGUAUGGCGGGGGAGAUAUGCAGGACAUGGAAGUUGAUAAACGUAGAGAGUCGGAUGAAUCUGCAGAUGAUGAUAUAAAAGAGAAGCAUGCAGUUCAGGAUGGAGAAGUGCAGAAUGGUGAGGAGGCAGCAGAUGACUCGGAGGCACCAGUAAACGUGGACACCAUCAUCUUGGACCCUGAAGCUGAGGAUGUUGACCUAAACCACAUGCGAAUAGGAAAGAUUCAGGGAUUUGAGGUGCUCCGAAAAGUAAAGACCCUCUGCCUGCGCCAAAACCUUAUAAAGGUGAUUGAGGACUUGGAACAGUUGGUGACAUUGAAUGAAUUGGACCUGUAUGACAAUCAAAUCCGUAUUAUCCAGAACCUGGAGAACCUAAGUCAACUCCAAAUUCUGGACCUUUCCUUCAACCUUCUAAAACAUAUUGAAGGUCUGGAGUCAUUGACUCAGUUGCAUCGUCUCUAUUUGGUGAAUAACAAGCUCAGCCGCAUUGAGAAUCUCAGCAGUUUGACACAGCUCCGUUUGCUAGAGCUGGGCUCAAACCGUAUCCGGGAGAUUGAGAAUCUGGAUACAUUAAAAGACCUUGACAGCCUUUUUCUUGGUAAAAACAAAAUCACCAAAUUGCAGAACAUGGAAGCUCUGUCUAACCUCACCGUACUGAGCGUACAGAGUAAUCGUCUUACAAAGAUUGAAGGCCUACAGAGUCUUGUGAAUCUACGGGAGCUCUACCUAAGUGACAAUGGCAUCCAAGUUUUGGAGGGUCUGGAGAACAAUACAAAGCUCACAACUUUGGAUGUUGCUACUAACAGAAUCAAGAGAAUUGAAAAUAUUAAACACUUGACAGAGCUCCAGGAAUUCUGGAUGAAUGACAACUUGGUGGAUAAUUGGGCAGACUUAGAAGAACUAAGCGGUGCCCAGAGUUUGCAGACCGUGUAUCUAGAAAGGAACCCUCUUCAGAAAGAUAACCAAUACAGGCGUAAAAUCAUGCUGGCGCUGCCCUGUGUCCGCCAGAUUGAUGCAACUUUUGUCCGGUUCUGAGCUGAUUUGAGGGCAUUAAGCGAUCUCUCUCCUUAUUGUAACAGCACAGUAAAAAACCCUUCUGUCAUAAAACAUUCAUCUUUUGUGUGAUACCCCAUUGUAUUGCCAUCUAAUCACUCCCAUCACACUCUUAAUUUCUCUGUGCACUGCAUGAUCCUCUUACAUCAAAGUCUGGGUCCGUUGCUCAUUCUGUUACCAUGUAUAACCUUACUACUGCUUGUCACUUGACUGUCUUCCUGUAAGACAAACAUUUACAGAAUGAGUUUAAAUUACCUCUUUUAUGACCAUGUCACAUUACAGUAUUUAUUUCUGGACAGUAGUCUUCUGGUUAAUAAAGGUUUUUAUCUUCAGCA